CAGGCAUAGCGAAGGAGACUGACUGACGGACGGAAGAGGGAGAGACGGGAGGAGGGACGGACCCACGGCCUUCAUCACCUCCACUUGUGUUCGUGUGCUAUGGCUGACCACAUGUUUCUGCUGCUGUGUGUGUGCUGAGCGGAUUGUCUGUGGUGGGUGUGUUUGGGUGGAAGCGUUGUGUGCGUCUGUGAUGGGGAACGCUGAGAGCAUGGAGAGCCAACUGGCCGUGAUCAGGUCCAGAGCCGCACCGGUCCGACUCCCGAUGCCCGACGCCGCCGAGCUAGAGGAAAGGUUCUCCAUCGCACUGAAUUCAAUGAACCUUCCUCCGGACAAGGUGCGUUUGUUGCGUUCCUAUGACAAUGAGAAAAAGUGGGAGCUCAUCUGUGAUCAGGAGAGAUUCCAGGUGAAAAACCCUCCGCACACAUACAUCCAGAAGCUGCGGGGAUUCCUCGACCCGGCCGUCACACGCAAGAAGUUCAGGAGGAGAGUCCAGGAGUCGACACAGACACUUCGAGAACUUGAGAUUUCCCUUCGAACAAACCACAUCGGGUGGGUUCGUGAGUUUUUGAACGAGGAGAACCGAGGGCUGGAUGUCCUUGUUGAGUAUUUGUCCUUCGCUCAAUAUGCUGUCACUUUUGAUGGUGAACAGUCCGAGUCUGGAGGAGACGCAGCUUCAAUAGACUCUCCGUGGAGUCGGUCCAUAGAGGAUCUCCAUGGCGACUGCAGUCUCCCGUCCCCUUCCUCCUCUGCACCCAGAGCAGCACGACACUCCAUCAGUUCCACUUUGGUAACACGCUCCAACACGCUGCCCAGUAGUCGCACUCUCAAAAAUUCCCGACUCGUCUGCAAGAAAGAUGACGUCCAUGUGUGCAUCAUGUGUCUACGAGCCAUCAUGAACUACCAGUACGGUUUCAACAUGGUCAUGUCUCACCCGCACGGCGUCAAUGAAAUUGCUCUGAGCCUCAACAACAGGAAUGCAAGGACGAAAGCGCUGGUGUUGGAGUUGUUGGCGGCUGUGUGUUUGGUCAGAGGAGGACAUGAGAUCAUCUUGUCGGCCUUUGACAACUUUAAAACUGUUUGCUCAGAGUCCAUGCGCUUUGAAAAGUUGAUGGAACAUUUCAAGAACGAAGACGACAAUAUCGACUUCUUGGUGGCAUGUAUGCAGUUCAUUAACAUUGUGGUCCACUCAGUGGAAGACAUGAACUUCCGAGUCCAUCUGCAGUAUGACUUCACCAAACUCAACCUGGAUGACCACCUCGAGAGGCUGAAGCACACAGAGAGUGACAGACUACAGGUGCAAAUCCAGGCGUACCUGGAUAAUGUUUUUGAUGUGGGGACACUGCUGGAAGAUGCGGAGACUAAAACUGCAGCUCUGGAAAGAGUGGAAGAGUUGGAGGAGAACCUAAGCACUAUGUCAGAGCGUCUGCUUGAUGUGGAAAAUGAAGCAAUGCUGAAGAUCGUGGAACUGGAGAAACAGUUGAUGCAAACAAACAAAGAGCUGGACCAGCUCCGGGACGUGUAUGCCAGUGCCAACACACAAGUGCACACACUGAGGCGGAUUGUUCGGGAGAAGGACCAGACCAUCCGUCGUCAGAGUCGUUUAGAGCGACAGGCCCAAGAGGCCCAACAGGCAGGUGGUCCUGGAGCUCCUCAACCCCAAAGAGGAGAAGGUGAUGGGGGUGUUGCCAAUUCUGCCUCACCCUCACCGCCUCCCUGCUCCACUCUCUCACCCAGCCCAGAGACAGUAGCCUAUCAUGACAUGGGACCAGGAAUGGGUGGUGCACCGGACAUGCCAGCCCCACCCCCGCCACCUCCUCCUCCACCACCAAUGCCACCCUCAGUGUCCAAUGGCCUAUAUCCUGCUCCUCCACCCCCUGCUCCCCCUCCUCCGCCCCCGCCCCCUCCCCCACCUUGUCGGACCAGCGAGCUCUCUUCUACCCUCCCGAUGCCGCCGCCUCCUCCGCCAGUGGCCCCGCCACUUCCGGGUUCAGGAGGGUCCCCCACCGUCAUCUUCAACUCUGGACUGGCAGCGGUUAAGAUAAAGAAGCCAAUUCAGACCAAGUUUCGGAUGCCAGUCUUAAAUUGGGUUGCCCUGAAGCCGAGUCAAAUCAACGGUACAGUGUUUAAUGACAUUGACGACGAAGCCAUCCUGCAGGAUCUGGAUGUGGAGGUCUUUGAGGAACUUUUCAAAACCAAGGCUCAGGGCCCAGCGAUGGAUUUAACUCUGUCAAGACAGAAGCUCCCCCAGAAAGCUCCUUCUAGAGUUUCCCUGCUGGACGCCAACAGAGCCAAGAAUCUGGCCAUCACACUGAGAAAGGCCGGUCAGGGUCCAGAGGUCAUCUGCCGUGCAAUCCACAUGUUUGACCUGCGGACGAUUCGAGUGGACUUUGUGGAGUGCCUGAUGCGAUUCUUGCCCACUGAAGCUGAGAUGAAGCUUCUCCGGCAGUAUGAGAGAGACCGAAAACCUUUGGAGGCUCUGAGCGACGAAGACAGCUUCAUGAUCCAGUUCAGUCGCAUUGAAAGACUCAACCAGCGCAUGUCCAUCAUGACUUUCAUGGGAAACUUCAGCGACAAUGUACAACUCUUAACACCGCAACUCCAUGCCAUGAUCGCAGCAUCCGUUUCGAUAAAAUCCUCUCAAAAACUGAAGAAGAUACUCGAGAUCAUUUUAGCUCUUGGGAACUACAUGAACAGCAGCAAGAGAGGCGCUGUGUAUGGCUUCAAACUACAGAGUUUAGACCUGCUCCUGGAGACCAAAUCAACAGACAGAACGCAGACGCUGCUGCACUACAUCAGCAACGUCGUCAGAGAGAAAUACCCUUCAGCGGCGCUCUUCUACAACGAGCUUCACUACGUAGACAAGGCAGCCGCAGGUUGGACGCGGACUGAUGACGGCGUCUUUCUAGCGUCGCAUCAUAUGCAUACACAACGUAUGCACGUGUGGUUCUGUGUUGCAGUGAGCCUGGAGAAUGUGUUGUGCGACGUAAAGGAGCUGCAGCGAGGGAUGGAGCUCACCUGGCGUGAGUUCAGCGUUCAGCACAACGCCACCUUGAAAGACUUCAUCAGCAGGCACGAAUCGCGGCUCAACAAACUUCAGGAGGAUGCACGCAUAGCCCAGGAUGCUUUUGAAGAUGUGGUGAAGUUUUUUGGGGAGAGCUCAAAGACCAUGCCACCAUCCGUCUUCUUCCCCAUCUUUGUUCGUUUCAUCAAAGCUUACAGGCUGGCCGAGGAGGAGAAUGAACAGCGACGGCGUCAGGAGCAGAUGAUGCUGGAGAAACUGGAACAGGAAGAGCAGCAGGACGAAGAGACCAAGUCACCGUCCCACAAGGGCAAACGCCAGCAGCAGGAGCUUUUGACAGAGCUGAGGCGACGACAAGGAAAGGACAGCCGCCAUGUUUAUGAGGGGAAGGAUGGCGCCAUCGAAGACAUCAUCACAGCUCUGAAAACCGGCCCCUUCACAGCACGGUCGGCCAAACGUAGCUCUCGAUUCUUCUGCGACCCCGCGCACCCCGAAGAACACUACUGAAAUGGCAAAGAUGACGCUCAACAUUGCCUUGCCCACCAUGAAUUAAUGGCAACAACCAAGCACUUUGAAUAUUUCUCACAGAGGAAAACAUUGGCAUCAUUUGAUCACCGAGAUGUUGUGGCCUGGUCUCGUGAGGGUUUUUGAACGAUGGAUCUUCUGACCCAAGUCCUUGUACAAAUUGCAUUGUGGAGAAUUUAUCCACUCAUCUACGCUGCUCAAUCAACAAAGCACCUGAUUAUUUUGUCUUUGGCAGUUGUGUGCAGAUAUUCACAAACUGAAGACACGCUAUUCCACAAUUUGAUUUUUGUUUUUUGUAUGAUGGUGAGUGCAGCGGACCUUACAGGGGGAAAAAAAGCUGCGAAAAGCACAUGCUGAUGUCUUGCUCUCCCCCCAGAUGAGUCCUACCAAAUUCUGGACAGGAAUAUGUGAGUGUAGUAGUGAAAACUUUCCUGAGUCUUGCGAGUGAACUCGGGAGAUUUGUUAAGUCAAAUGCGUACAGGGUUCAACUACUAGUUUGUACUGUAUUUACUAUUACCGAGCAAAUGUCACUUCAGGUUUCGUUAAAUGAAACAUUAUGAAAUCCAGCAACGCCCAGUAAAAGGGAAAAAAAAUAAUCAGUGAUUUACGAAGUUUCACAAGCAACCUUGCUUUCGUUCACCUGAAGUCUUACAAGCUGGCUACUGUGCGGGCUAGCACAUACGAGGGGUGUCCGAAAAGAUGUACUUCAAACUCAAACUAUGAGAUUCCCACUUCAGUGUAUGGCAGCAAGUUUACAAAGAAAAUCUGCAGCCUUUGCUCGGCUCCUUGGCGAGAACUUUUGACUGGCCUCGCCCGUAACAUCCAAACCGAUUCUUUGUUUCUGUGUGACGUCCCUUCCCCUGCAAACCCCAGUCAGCCCAACCCGUUGCCCACAUUCUUGUUUCUCAACCGUCAGAGACUCCAAAAUCAUCUUUUCAGUCACACA